AUGCAAGAGCACCUCCCGAAUGCGGCAGGCAGCUCUCGGGACGAAGCGCGGUCAUCUGACCUCCACCUCCAGUCAACACUGUACACUACAGGUACCGGUACACCACUCUGCACUACGCCUACGCCGUACACCGUGUACCAGCACGCCUCCCACUUGAGCAAGUCCACGCCCGAUCAAACCCCAGUUGCCUUCGGGUUCGCCGCCGGGGCGGAGUCCGGCGGCUGCACUCCGAGUGCAUGCAAGAAUGUGGCAAGGAAAUUGCGGCAGCCGCAGCCGCACACGGAACUGAUCCAGGAACUGGCCACAGCUACCAGACCUGACCUCUGGGUAAGGCUACAGUCUCACCGGCCUUCUCCGAGUGUCCGCAACCGCGAAAUCACAAAUAUUACGGCUCACCGGCUGCUGGACUGA